UUAUAGUUGAGCUGUCGUACGAACAAAGCUCACGAGAAAUAUUUAUUUAAAUGAAAAACCAUUGAGUUUCGCAGGUAAAUUGAGUGUGUUUCGAGCUUAUAGCCCCCAGUUUUAACAUCUCAAGUGUUAAUUCGACCAAUCUCUACAUCAAACGACAAGACUACUACAAGAGGUAUGCAGAAUCAAAUUCAUCCCCUCUACGCGUUAAACCUGCAAGCACCCUCCGCUCAUCACUUUAAUGCAACUCACACUGUACCCAGAUCAAGUAACAUCCACGUCGACUUAAACCGCAACAGUCUUCCGCAUCGGUCAAUAUACGACAGGAAAACACCGAAAUAUUUUCCCAAUUACGAUCGGAUGAUGAAUACGUCAUACGUGAUGCGGAAUAAAAUGUCUCGUUUACCAUUUUUGCCUUAUCCACCCCAACAUCCAUCUUGUUAUAAGACAGCUAUGGAGAGUAAACCAGAAUAUAAUCAAAACAAACCUAGUUGGCCGUUUGACGUUGGUGAUCAUUGUACUGAGCUUUUAAACCGGGAUAAACAUUACUGGACAGAAGACGAAACUGGUUUAAUGCUCGAGCUCUACGAAGAAAAUCGAGAAUACUUCUCCGACGCCCGGACGAAGAAAACUAAACUUUGGACAGUGAUUGCUAACAUGAUAAAUAAAAAAUUCAGUACAAAUGUCAACUCGGAGCAAUGCAGUCAGAAGUACCGAAAUAUGAAAGCGGAAUAUUUGAAAAUCUCAGACUCCGAUCUUCAAGAAGGGGAGAAGAAAUUCGGUCGGCAUUAUCAUCAAAUGAAACGUCUAAUCGACUCCGAAGAACGUUACGUACAUUUGUAUGAAAACUGGUUAACGAAAGAAAAAAACAACGACGACAACACGUCGCCGUGUAGUAGCUCCUCCUCGUGUAAAUUAAGUCCGUCUAAUAAUAACAACAACCCACCAAACAAUCAUUCGACGAAGUUGCCAAACGACGACGUGAAAAAUAUUUCAAGCCACGUUGAAAACGACGGCAAUGAUGUGGAAACACAGCAUCUGAAGGGCGUGGAGAUAGACACCGACGUUGAAAUGUCUUCCCACAGUGAAGAGUCGUCAGACUUGAACAUGGUUGAUGAAGAGAUUCCCGCCGGCAACGCUGAAAGUAUCAUCGCCACAGAAGAAACAGAGAAAAACUCCGAUAAAAACGAACACGAGUCCGACAAAAACGAGAGCCAUUUUCAACAAAACAGAAACGAGUCCGACAUAAAUAAUGAGAAGAAAAUACUCGGCAGUAAUGAAGUUGAAUCUGAUAAUUGCGAAGCAAAACCGAAUGAAUCCGGUGAAUCAGAAUCGGAUACAAACUUAAACAACGAAAUAACCGUUGAUAAUAGUAAGAAUGAAACGAACUUAAAAGACGACAAACAAAAAAUAGAUAGUAAUAACGAGAAAAAUGAAGAACGAAAAAUCGAUAAAAACACGAACAGCCCGUUGCAACUAAAUUUUCAAGUAGAAGCUCCUCAGGCUUUAACCACUUUCCACGAAGAGCUAAACAGUAUUUUUACUUACUACAGAACGUCACAAAAAGAUUUCUGGGAAAAAUACGAACAGAAAGAAAAAGAAAACAUUCGAUGCAUGAAAAAAUGCGUGGAUCUGUUGUAUAAAGUUUGCAGACUAAAAUUAAGUCAGAAAAUAUAACUCACCUUUUACAA